AUGCUGGCCAUCUCUCUCCUCACGGUCCUCCUGGCCCUGCCAGAACUGGCCACGGCCGGCCCAUUCACAUUCCCAUCUCAGCCGAGCCUCAGACAUGUCACCCUGACCGCCCAAGACGGCCAUCCCCUGGUCCUCACCAUCACACAAACACAGACGGCAACGACCACAACGACGCAGACACCAACCACUAUCCCGGUGUCCUCGGGGCCGAGGAGAACAGGCCGGCCAGGCGAGGCCGAGCUGGAACUCAGGGACGACGUCUUCGCACCCACCACGCCCUCGGAUCCAUCGCCCGGCUCGCAAUCAGACUCAGACUCGUCGACCUCCUCGUCAUCAUCUUCGACAGAGGAGGAAAGCGGCGAAGAACCCGCCGCGGCCGCGGUCGGAAGCGCCCCGGAGGCACCGGCGCAGGUUCAGACGGUGGCCAGGGCGCAGACCACGCCGCCUCCGCCAAAGAACGACCCGCAGGUGGCCUCUGCCCUCGCGCAGCAGGGUUACAGCCAGGUCACUUACUACACAUGCAAGACGAGAGACGCUACGCUCACGCAUUGUGGAUGGCACGUGCCUGUUGUCAAGGCCAGCGGCGCUACCGGCUGGCGCCAUGGCGGUGACAUGGGAAGGAUAGUGGGCGCUGUGUUGGCUGCGACGACCGGUGUCGUGCUUGGGAACCUGGUGAUGUGA